AUGACCACGACUAUAGACGGCAAACCCACGCAAACACCACUCCCAACCUCCCACCGGCCCCCCUCGCCCUCACCCUCCUCCUCACCCACCCCCUUUGCCUUCACCCCAACACAGCUAACCACCCUCUUCAACCCGAAAUCCCUACCCCAGUACCUCGAACUAGGCGGCCUGCAAGGCCUCGAACACGGCCUCCGCACCAACCUAACGACCGGCCUGACCACCACCGAAACCACCCUCACCGGAACCAUCACCCGCCAACAAGCCCACCACCACGCCAUCUCCAUCUCCCAAACCAAAAGCACAAGCACAAACACAAGCACUUCCCCCCUCCUCGCCCACCCCACCACUCCGAAACAGAACCCCACGAUCCCCCCGGAUCAGUUCGUGGAUCGCAUCAAAGUCUACGGCCGCAACAUCCUCCCGGAACCCCCCCGCAAAUCCUUCGGCCGGCUACUCUGGGACGCGUACAACGACAAGAUCAUCCUCCUGCUGACCGCGGCAGCCGUCGUGUCGCUGUCGCUGGGCAUCUACGAGGCGGUCAGCGGGCAGUCGCGCGUGGACUGGAUCGAGGGGGUGGCGGUGUGCGUGGCGAUCGGGAUCGUGGUCGCGGCGACGGCGGGGAAUGACUGGCAAAAGGAGCGGCAGUUUCGGCGGUUGGGGCGGUUGAAAGUCGACCGCGAGGUGCGGGUCAUCCGCUCCGGGCAGCAGGUCAUGGUGCACAUCCACGACCUCACCGUCGGGGAUCUCGUGCACCUCGAGCCCGGGGACUGUGCGCCUGCGGACGGGGUCGUCGUCACCAACUACGGGCUGCGGUGCGAUGAGUCCCUCGCCACUGGGGAGGCGGAUCAGAUUGAGAAGGUCGGUGGGGCGGAGGCGUGGGAGCGGUUGGUGGCCGGAAAGCAUAAGGCAGAUGAGGGGGUGUUUUGCGAGGAGAAGGUGAUUCAGAAACUGGAGGAGGAGAAUCUCGACCCGUUUAUCAUCUCCGGGAGUAAGAUUCUGGAAGGCCUUGGGACCUACCUUGUGCUUAGCGUGGGUCCGCAUUCCACCCAUGGGCGGAUCAUGGUGUCCCUCGGUACGGAGAGUGAUCCGACCCCGUUGCAGGUGAAGUUAAGCCGGUUGGCGAGCUGGAUCGGGUGGUUCGGGCUGGGGGCUGCGCUACUUCUCUUCUUCGUCCUCCUCUUCCGCUUCCUGGCGCAGCUGCCCGAUAACCCGGCGCCGUCGACGGUCAAGGGGCAGAUCUUCAUGGACAUUCUGAUUGUUACGGUUACAGUCAUUGUGGUGGCCAUACCUGAGGGCCUCCCCCUCGCGGUCACCCUGGCACUAGCCUUCGCGACGGGUCGGAUGCUGAAAGAACAUAACCUGGUGCGACAGCUGCGCGCCUGCGAGACAAUGGGCAACGCCACCGUCAUCUGCUCGGAUAAGACGGGCACCCUGACGCAAAACAAGAUGACGGCGGUGGUCGGGUUCUUUGGGGUGUCCGAGUCCUUCGGCCACAUGCCCACCGACACUUCUCCAGCUGCUUGUCCGGUGCAGGUUCCAGAAGCUGCUGCAAGGUUCCCCGCCUCGUUCCGGGAUCUGCUGGUGAAAAGCAUCGUCGCCAACUCGACUGCUUUCGAGGAACGAAGAGAGCACGGGGCCGAGCUGGUUGGCAACAAGACGGAGAUUGCGCUGCUGCAGUUGGCGCAGAAGCAUCUGGACGUGCCGGAUCUUGCUGCGGAGCGGGCUGGGGUCGACGUUCUGCAGGUGUAUCCGUUUGACUCGGCGCGGAAGGCGAUGGCCUUGGUUUAUCACGUGCGUCCAGAUACGUACCGGGUGCUGGUCAAGGGAGCAGCGGAGGUGGUCUUGCGGGCGUGCAGGACGGUUGUCCUCGCUGAUGAUGAUGUGGACGAGGUGCCCGUUGGCCAGUUGGCUGACAGCGAUGUAGACACGAUGGAGCGAAGCAUCAACACUUAUGCCUCGGCCGCUCUGCGCACCAUCGGGCUGGCGUAUCGUGAUCUCCCUGCUGGGGUUGCCGGAGGCAGUAGGGGAAGCGAAAAGGGUCUUCCUCGCUUUGAGGAGAUAUUCACCGACAUGACCUGGAUUGGGUUGUUUGGGAUUCACGACCCGUUGAGACCGGAGGUGACGGAGGCAAUUCGACAGUGCCAUUCGGCGGGGGUGAAAGUGAAGAUGGUCACCGGCGACAAUAUCAACACCGCAUUAUCUAUCGCCGCCGCAUGCGGCAUCAAGACCGACGAGGGCAUCGCAAUAGAAGCGCCUGAGCUGCGAAAGCUAAGCGAGGAGGAACUAGACGCAAUCCUGCCGCGUCUCCAGGUCCUGGCGCGCUCCUCCCCGAGCGACAAGCAACUCCUAGUGCAGCACCUGAAGAAGCUCGGGGAGAUCGUCGCCGUGACCGGAGACGGGACGAACGACGGGCCCGCCCUUAAGUCGGCGGAUGUGGGCUUCUCCAUGGGCCUGAGCGGGACGGAAGUGGCACGCGAAGCCAGUUCGAUCAUCCUACUCGACGACAACUUCCGUUCGAUCGUCACAGCCAUUGCAUGGGGGCGUUGCGUCAACGACGCGGUAGCCAAGUUCCUGCAGUUCCAAAUCACCGUCAACAUCACCGCCGUCUGCCUAACGGUAGUAACAGCCAUCUACAACAGCUCCAACGAAAGCGUCUUCAAAGCCGUGCAACUCCUCUGGCUGAACCUGAUCAUGGACACAUUCGCAGCAUUGGCCCUAGCCACCGACCCCCCGACCCCCUCCAUCCUCUCCCGCCCCCCAACGCCCCGCCACGCGCCCCUCUUCACGACCACGAUGUGGAAACUGAUGCUCGGCCAAUCCCUCUACAAACUCGCCCUCUGUUUCACGCUGUACUUCGCCGGCGACCGGAUCUUCAAUCUCAACCCCACCGGGGACGCCCACGACCGCGUGCUCCUCGACACGAUCAUCUUCAACACCUUCGUGUGGAUGCAGAUCUUCAACGAGUUCAACUGCCGUCGGCUGGACAACAAGCUCAACAUCUUCCAGGGCCUCACCAAGAAUGCGUGGUUCAUGGUGAUCAACGUGCUGAUGGUGGGCGGGCAGACUCUCAUUAUCUUUGUGGGUGGGGAGGCGUUCGGCGUGACGCGGCUGAGUGGCGCGCAGUGGGGGUAUUGCUUGGGGUUCGCGGUGGUGUGUGUGCCUUGGGCGGCGGUGUUGAAGUUCGUGCCGGAUCGUACGGCCUUUGGGGGCUGUGGGGUCCUGGGGUAA